GAGAGUGUUUGGAGCCUCUCAAAUAUUCCCCAUUCAUAAAACUUAUAAAUAAAUAGGCACAUAUACUGCACACACUGAGAUGAAAAACAAAAGCAGCAAAUUUUGCAAAUAAUAAUAGUUUACGUAGAGAGAGCGAGGAAAAAAAAGAAAGAGAUGUCGAUGCAGGGCAGCAGCAGUUUGCGCGUUUGCGUGACCGGAGGGAGCGGCUUCAUCGGAUCGUGGCUGCUCCGCUUCCUGCUGCAGCGCGGCUACUCCGUCCACGCCACCGUCAAGAAUCUCAAGGACGAGGGGGAGACGAAGCACCUGGAAGCCCUCGAUGGCGCGGCGUCACGUCUCUGGCUCUUUGAGAUGGACCUCCUUGACCCAACAUCCAUCCUCGCCGCGGUGAAUGGCACCGCCGGCGUCUUCCACUUGGCCUCGCCUCUCAUACUUGACGGCCUGCAGGAUCCUGAGAAGGAGCUGCUGGAUCCUGCAGUGAAGGGCACGCUUAACGUUCUCCGUGCCGCAAAAGAAUGCGGAGUUGGCCGAGUAGUGCUGGUGUCUUCGCAAGCUGCGAUGAUCCCCAACCCCGACUGGCCCGUCGAUGUGGCCGUGAACGAAGAUUCCUGGGCUGAUGUUGAUCUUCUCAAGAAGCUUCAGCUCUGGUACUGCUUGUCGAAAACUCUAGCAGAGAAGGCGGCAUGGGAAUUCGCUUCCAAGGAGGGUUUGGAGUUAGUAGUGAUCAACCCCGGGAUGGUGCUAGGUCCGAUACUCCCGCCUUUUGCCGGCGCCAGUGUCAAAAUCUUGCUUCAUCUUCUCCAAGGAGCCCAAUUUGACAUGGACAAUCUUUACAUUGGGUCCGUCGACGUGAGGGAUGUGGCGCAAGCGCUGAUACUGUUAUACGAGAACCGAUUAGCUCAGGGACGGCAUCUGUGUUUAGAACGCAUUGAACGGUGGAUUGAUUUUGUGGCCAAGCUUGCAGAACUCUACCCCGAAUUUCCGGUUAAAAGGGUUGAAGAGGACAAACAACCUUGGGUGGUGAGGGCCGAGAGUCCCUCGAAGAAGUUGAUUGAGCUGGGCCUUCACUUCACUCCCCUUGAAAAGCUCAUCAAGGAUACGGUGGAGAGUUUGAAGAGCAAAGGUUACCUUAAAUGAAUGGAAGAUGAGAAGAACCCUGCGAAUAAUUUCUCCGUAAAACAUGUUCAAAUUAUGUAUGUGAGAAAAAUAGUAUGUUUUACAGAUAAUUGGCGAACUCGCUUAACUUCAAUAAUGAAAUGAGGGGCCCCUUAACAUUUAACUA